GAAAGCUGAACAGGCUGGGGGGGGUGAUCAAUAUGCAAGGGAAGCUAUACCUUAUCAAUACCUAACCAAGGAUAAAAAAGGAGAGCCAAGAUGACCGAGGGCAGACUUUGCCAAGUGCAGCUGCUGGAGGACAGGAAGCUAGAGCUGCUGGUUCAGCCUAAGCUUCUGUCCUACGAACUCCUCGACCUGGUUUCCUCGCACUUCAACCUCAAAGAGAAGGAAUUCUUUGGACUUGCAUUUUUUGAUGACCAUGGUCAGCGUAAGUGGUUGCAGAUGGACCGCAGAGUUCUUGAACAUGACUUUUUGAAGAAGUCCGGGCCUGUUGCCCUAAACUUCCUGGUCAGGUUUUAUGUAGAAAACAUAACACAGCUUAAGGACAUCAUAACGGUGGAGUUAUUCUUCCUGAAUGCAAAGUCUGCUGUCUACAAUGGAUUUAUAGAAGUGGAAAGUGACAACGUCUUCAAAUUAGCUGCAAAUGCUCUGCAGGAGGCAAAGGGAGACUACACAAGUGAUGAAAACACAAGAGCUGACUUGAAGAAACUACCAACUCUUCCUACCAAAGUCCUCAAGGAACACCCAUCACUUGCAUACUGUGAGGAUCGAGUAAUUGAACAUUAUAAACAGCUGAAAGGAGUCUCCAGAGGACAGGCCAUUGUGCAGUAUUUGACGUUAGUGGAAUCGUUGCCCACGUACGGCGUGCAUUAUUAUGAAGUAAAGGAUAAACAAGGGAUGCCGUGGUGGCUUGGAAUCAGCUAUAAGGGUAUCGGCCAGUAUGACCUGCAGGAUAAAUUGAAACCUCGAAAGCUUUACCAGUGGAAGCAGCUGGAAAACUUGUACUUCCGGGAGAAGAAAUUUGCUGUAGAAGUUAACGAUCCACACAGGAGAGCCGUAACCAAACGCACCUUUGGGCAGACUGGCCUACUCAUCCACACGUGGUAUGCCAGCCAUUCUUUAAUCAAAACCAUUUGGGUCAUGGCUAUAAGCCAGCACCAGUUCUACUUGGACCGAAAGCAAACCAAAACUAAAUUAGGAACAGCAAGAAGUGUGGAGGAAAUUGCCAUGGAUCUCACCGAGCACGGAGGAACAAAAAUAAACAGACUGGGUGACGCGGGUCUGAAGAAAAACUUAAUAACAGCCAGCAAUGGGAGCCUGGUGUCUACAGGUUCUGCAGACUCUGAAAUGAGUGAAGAACAGAAGAAAGAGAAACUCUCUGAACUGAGAAAAAAGGAACAGGAGAUCCAAGAUAUUUUGGCCAAGAAAACAAAAGAGCUGAAGAAGAUUUGCUUGAGAGAGGCGGAGCUUACUGGCAAGCUGCCAAAAGAGUAUCCCCUCUCUUCAGGUGAAAGAGCGCCACACGUCAGACGGCGAGUUGGCACUGCUUUCAAGUUGGAUGACCUUUUCCCCUACAAUGAGGAUCCGAUCCUGAGGAACCUGGAGAGCAGAUUUGCCCUGCAGCAAAAAAUUGUGGAGGCGGCUAAGAAGCUUGCAAACGAGCCAGAACUGUGCAAAACUGUCAAGAAGAAGAGGAGGAGAAACUGUUUGGAUGCCAUGCACAGACUGCAGCAGAUAGAGGAUGAGAUGAACCAGUACAGAAUCAAGAAGGGGAAAAAGCCCACACAGCGGGCCUCAGUGAUCAUUGCAGAUGAACUUAUCCGUUCAGACUGUAGCUCUUUGUCUAGUCUCCCGCUGGAUGAUGAUGACUCAGACGGUGUCAGUCAGAGGCCGCGGUCACGGUCGGUCCAAGGCUCCCCUCAGCUCAGUCCGAUGCGAUCGCUGGGAGUAGAAUAUGAUGUGCAACGACAGGGAUCACCGAGGGAAAAUCACCAGAACAAGAACCACAGCAGAUUAGCUUUUGAAGGCCAGGAUGCUUCCCACUAUUGCCAGAACCCAAGAGAGGUCUCCUCCACCCACAGUAGUCCCUAUAAAACCCUUCCCAGACCUCCUAGAGAUCCACGCAGCAUGCCUCCCACCCCUGUUAUGACCCGCAAUGCCUACAGCAGUAGCCAGCUCAGGUCCGAGGGGUCUACUCAUUACUUCAGGCAUCGCAGCGGAAGUCUGGAGUCGCAGCCUCAGCUAAGAAAAGACACAGACUCAGAGAAGCCCAUAUUUAUCUUGUCACCAGCCCACCGCAGCAACAGCACAGAGGUGUUAGAGGACUGCUCUUCUUACACCAGCCAGUCCAGUCUUGACUACUGCGGGGCGGCCAACUCCCACUACAGUACACUGGACUCCCGAACCUCAACCAUGCAUCGUCUCCACAGGAAGGUGGAAGUGUAUGGAAACACUGGGAGUAUGCCCAACUUGGUCCAGCACCAUUCUGGUUCUAGUUAUUCAUGUGACAACUCAACACACUAUGCACCCAGUGCCUACUACGUCGCCGGCUACCCCUGCCCGGACAUGGAGCCUUACGCUAACGGUGCCUACGUGUAUGAGAAUGAAGUAGAAGGCCACUACAACGUCAACCCUUCCUACCAAAUUAAUGGGUAUCAUGGACAUGACAGAUUCAGGAAUUACAGCAGUGAGAGGGCAGAUAAUCUCUCCCAGAAUCCCUACGCAACUAUGAGGCCGCCGCGGAACAGAGAGGGGCCCAGAAAUGAGCUGUUGGCCAAGAACAUGCAGAAGGCCCUGGUGGCGGAGCAUCUGAAGGGCUGGUACCACCGAAGCAGGGUUCCCAGGGAUGGUGGGAGGGGGAUGCUGGCCGGAUACGACUUCGACAGCGGCUCUCAGCUCAGUUUGGGCUACCAGACCAUGCCAGCAGCGUUCAGCCACUCCAGCAGAACCACCUCCUUUUCAUCAGUGUCCUCAGUGGAAAGCUCGGGUAACUGGCGCAACCAGCUGGCAGUCGGCCUGACGGACUACGACACACCCGACACGCCUCAGUACACACACCCUGGAGCGCCUGCCUCUCCGUACAACCGCAGUCCCUCACACAGCAGAUUUCUCCUGGAUGGAAGCUACAUGAGCAUCCGCUGAAGAGGACCAAACCAAACUUUGGCACAAAUAAAGCCAUGGACAGCAGCACAUGAAGGGGAUGAAGUUGGAACUCUUGUUGCUGCCAUAACCUUUUCUUGGGAGAUGAUCUGUCUGUUAGGUUUUGGCGGAGUCUAUGUGUAACGCUGUCCUCAUGUUAAAGCAACCUCUGAACACAGUGAUGACACUCUUGAAUGACUUUCCCAUGUGCCUUGGAUUGGAUGAAUUGUACAGGCAGAUGAGAAUGUGUCAAGGAACUCUAAGAUGUUGCACAACCACACUGGAUUCAAACCCUAUUGUGUUUUAAAGAUGGAAAAAAGAGGCAACUGGUUUUUACCGAAAAUCCAACUCUGUGUAUUUUAACAGGAACUAUCUUCUGCCUUAUACAAAACAGUAGGUUAUAGGAUAAAAAUGAUUUUCACCACUUCCAUCUCAGUAAAAUAUGAUCUAAAAUAGACUUAAAUAUUACAUCCAAAUUGAAAACGAAGCUUGAACAUUUUCACAAUGGGACAUUCCAUUCAUUAGAGCAGACUAUUUCCAUUUAUUUCUUUCGUUAGACUUUCAAUCAGAAUGAAUUUUGUCAAUAUUGUUUAUAGAACCAUUUGUCUUUGUUGGUGGCGUAAUGUGUUUUAAAAUGCAUGGUGAGAAUAUCUUUUUAUUUUUUUUUUUUAAUAUAGGAACUUCUUUUUAUAUUAACAGAAGACCACUGCCGUGAAAACCAUAAUAUUCAUGUCUCGUAGUUUGUUUCAUACAUAUUUGUACAGUCAGUGUGUAGGUAUAUGUUGUUAGAUGUUGUCAUAAAAUAUUUUCCACUGGGAACAAGGAUGUGAAUAAAUAAAUGUGUG